AUGUUUUUUACUUCUUUUAGGGCUCCGUCCUUUUGCUGCUCAUUGGCUAAUCCAGGUCCAACUGAUGAGAGCAAAUUUAGUGUUACUGUGGAUCCCGUUAAAAUAUUAGUUUGCUUUGCUAUCGUCGAAUGUUUCAUUCCAGACCGUGAUUUAAUACCUGGCGAUUUGCAAUAUGAUAAUAUCAUCAAAGGAAUAGACAAUUCUCGUAAGCUUCUCAUUGUCCUAACACCAACAUAUCUUUCUUUGCCUGAAAAAACAACAGGAAAAAAAGGUUUCAUUCCAGGCCGUGAUUUAAUACCUGGCGAGUUGCAAUAUGAUAAUAUCAUCAAAGGAAUAGACAAUUCUCGUAAGCUUCUCAUUGUCCUAACACCAACAUAUGUUAAAGAUUAUAAUCAGAAUUACAUCUUUAACUUACUGCUUCUUCAGUCAAAUAAAAUGAAAAAAACAAUCAUUCCAAUAAUCCUCAAGAGUUGUAGCAUCCCAGACAAACUUAAAAUAUUUACGCCAAUCUGUUUCACAAAGAAAAGUGACUGGGACCAGCUUCGAAUGAGUCUUACUGCUAAUACGAGUUCAGACUCUGAUCUUGAAGAAAGAAUGUCUUCCCUGAAUAUCAGCGAGAGUGAAGAAGACUAA